ACAGACGGUUCAGUAGUAAUUUGAUGUGUGUCCCGGGGGACAUUUGAUGGAUUAAAGCUAAGCAGCUCCAUUGCUGAGUACCACCUGAUCUCUCUCCCACUGCCGCCCCAUAUAAGCCUGGCUGACUGCUGAUCUCAGCUAGUCUCACAGUCUCUCUCUUUCUCUCUCUCUCUCUCUCUCUCUCUCGCUGUCCUUACUCUGUCUUUUCUCUCUCCUCUUCCACUGUCUUUCUGUCUUUUCUUUCUCUAAGCGGCCCCCACUGCAGCCCAGGAGCUAUCCAGUGCUGAAUGUGUUUUCAUUUUUACCCCCCCUGUUUUUUUUUUCCACGAAUGGGAGAGAGAGGGAGUGUAUGCAUGUGCGUGUGGUCCGUACAGUAGAGCGCACACACAGCAUUGCAUCGUCCAUCGUCUCUCUUCUUGCCUGCUCUCCAUUUUCUUUAUCUCCAUCCUUCAUUCUUUUGGUCCCUUUCUUUUUCUUGGAUCUUUUCUUUCUUUAAGUUGAACAGAUACACGGAUACACGAUUCAGCCUUCGUUGCUGCACUGUUUUUUGCUCCAGGAGUCUUUUUUUCCCCAAUUUUUUCCCCUCUUCGACGUCCAUGCGUAGUGCUUCUUGUGUGUGUGAAUCAUGCCCCGCUCCUUUCUGGUGAAGAAGAUCAAGCUGGAUGAUUUCUCCUCGUCUGCUGUGGUGGCAUCUAACCAUCAUCAUCAUCAUCACCAUCACCUGGAUGAGUCCUUCACUUUCACUCGCUCCAUCACGGACUCUGUAACCAGUUUGGGCAUCCGGCUCAGUGAGAAUGGCUACAUCCAGGAUUACAUCAGUCCAUCAGCAUAUCAGGGUGAGAAGAAGCUUAGCUCGGCUGUGUCUGACCCACUCUACGCUCCGGUAAACAGUGGAGGAGAGGAGUACUGUGAGCCAGACUUGGAGCAUCCCGACAGCCCUCAAUCCGGCCUGACGGCCCGUGGCUACUACAGCGGUGAGUCCGAAAGCCAGAGUGAUGGCUACACGGCAGACGGCUUCUUCAUCUCAGACGGCCGUUCACGCAGGAGAGGCGAGGCCAAGGAGGCACGCAAGGCUGGUGUGGAAGCGAAGGAGUCGGGUGCGAGACACACAUGCAACGAGUGCGGCAAGACAUACGCCACAUCAUCCAACCUGAGCCGCCACAAGCAGACGCAUCGCAGCCUGGACAGCAAGAUGGCCCGCAAGUGCCCAACGUGCGGCAAGGUGUAUGUGUCCAUGCCAGCGCUGGCCAUGCAUGUGCUCACGCACGACCUCAAGCACAAGUGCAGUGUGUGCAGCAAGGCGUUCAGCCGCCCUUGGCUGCUGCAGGGCCACAUGCGCUCACACACUGGUGAGAAGCCAUUCGCAUGCGCCCACUGUGGCAAGGCCUUCGCCGAUCGCUCCAACCUGCGCGCCCACAUGCAGACACACUCUGCUUUCAAGCACUACCGCUGCAAACGCUGCCACAAGACCUUUGCGCUCAAGUCGUACCUGAACAAGCACUAUGAGUCGGCCUGCUUCAAGGGCUCUGGAGAUGAGGAUGAGUCUGGCUCGGAGAACUGAGCACCACAUAGCGAGAAAAUGGAUGAGAAGGGAAAAAAAUUCUACAUUUAAUUAAUCCUUCACUAAGCCCUUGUACACACACACACACACACACACACACACAGAAACAAAUGCGCCUUUUCCCUUCCUUUUUUAGAAAGCAAUAUUUUCGCUGAGAUCACUUUGGGGAAGAAAAAGCAAAAUAAUAAUGAGAAGACAAUAAUGAACCAAUGCUGGAUUUUUCUUCACUCUUAUUGCUAACUGUCCACAGAUACACGGCAACAUAAUCCAAGACUCUGUUUCUCUCUCUCUCGCUCUUUGUCUCUCUCUCACACUCACACGCACACACACAUGCAUACACGCGCGCACACACACUCACACACACACUCACUUAUUAUGAGGCCUGGCAUGUGAAUUUUUAUCAAUGACUAUAAUAAUAAUAAUAAAAAUAAUAAUAAUAAUAACAAUGAUAGUAAUAAUAUUUAGAAUCCUAAUAUUUUAUAGCAAAUCAUAUGAAAACAAAACAAAAAAACAAAAAAGGACAACGGUGUUCCUUCUUUUUUUAGAAACAAACAAAAAAUGACCUCAUGUAUUUUUAUGCUGCUUUUUUGUUUUGCUAAGAGCUGAAUUCUUUUGCAACUGCCAACUUUUAUGACAAUGUCAAUAAUGACAGUAUUUGCAAAAAAAGGCCACUAAAAAGUUGAAAACUUUUUCCGCCAGUCUUUAGGAAUUUUAAUUCAACAGGUGUUAUUUUUCUAUUACAGUCCCUAUCUCCAGCAUUUUAUUUAUUGUCUUUUUUUGUGCCAAUCAACCCGAUUUUUCAUCAAAGAGUGAUCUUUUGGAAUGUGAGUGUUUUGUGGACUCUUCAGAAUACAGUGUUUUUCUCACCAUGUGCAGAUUUCAAGGACUAAACAAGGAAGGUGUAACUUAAAGACACUUCCAGGUUUAAAACCCGUUGCUUUCGGUCCUGUUUAACAGGAUGCAAUAUCUCAGUACAUGAAUCAUUCUCACAAUUCACGGUGACUCUAAUAAGGACAUUUAGAAGCAAUCUCAACCCACAAUGCAGGUCUUCCUCUGCCAUUUUGGCUCAAACUGACUUUUCAAGUGUUCCCUCUACCUGGAAAUACUUCCCCCCACUUCCAGUCUAGCUAUUACCUCACUAAGAGGCAGGUACGACCUCUGACCCGUCCAUCCCAAACUCACUGUCCAUCAUUCACCUCUGUCAAAACAGUGACCUCAUUUCUUACCACAUCAGUAUUAUUUUAUUUAUGUAUUUAUUCAUAUACUAUUUAUUCUUUUAUUUAAGUAUUUAUUUUUUCUUAUUUAUUGGUGUUAUUUAUUUAAUUUAUUCAUCUGUGUAUUUUGAAUACUAAAUACCGCCAUUGACCUUGUAAGAUGCUGCUCUUGAAAGAAAAAUGUUUAUAUGCAUGAUGAAACUGUAGGAAAGAAAAAGUCCAUGUGACUUUUAGCAUUUUUUGUCUCUCUCUCUCUCUCUCUCUCUUUUUUUUUUUUUUUUUAAAGAGGAACAAUGUACAGUGUUUGAGAAGUUGGAAUGAUACUUUGUUUCACAGGCAAUAAUUCUUCCUUGGCACGGCAAUGGACUUGUAUAAUCAUAGCUGUCCUGUCUGCAGACCACUUAGGGCAAUAAAUGAACGAGCCUGAACACAAACCACAAAGUCAUCCUCCAUCUCGUUGUUGUCAUUUUUAUUUGGGAUAAAUUAGCUUUAGGUUGGGAAAAUCAUCCUUCAGUGAUGCCUGGGCACACAUUGCACCCUGAUAGUAGUAACACUUCAUUUAUAUCCAUAAACAUUACUCAUUUCAUCUCCAGUGUAAAAUAAAUCACAAUUAAACAAGCCAUUUUCAUUUUUAAGCCUGCAGUGACUAGCAGUGCCCUUAACAGCAAAAUAUGAGGUAGUUUUUUUUUUUUUUCAUGAUUUACCAUCCACUGUAGCCAGGAAUAUCACCUAAUUAACUCUAAAUUAACAGUGGUGCUGAUACUGUGUAAUUAAACAUCUACACUUUGACAUUCAGUCAAAUUAAUUGAUUACUAUUUACCAUGGGUCAUGUCAUGGCAAUAUACAGUAUGAUGAUACAAUACCUGAUCAUGACAAUGACAAUAUCUAGACUAGAGGAAUUCAGCUAAAAUUUGAGAAAUUGCCGUUAUAGAAAAUUCCUUGCUUACAAAAGUCCAGAAAAGUAACUAACAUGACCGAAUGGUAUUGUGACAACAGUUAUCUUAUAAUAUAAAAAUUAGUGAUUAGUUUAUGGCUAUAAAUAAGACAAUUCAAAGUGGUUUUGUUUUGUAGUGGUGCUUCACAUUAUUAACUUUUGACUAGAGCCACGGACUCUGAACAGAUGAGACACAUCCAGUUUUCAGUAUCUAGUAAUUUUAAACAUACCACAUUGUCGGUUUGCUAAUCACAUACAAGAGAGAAUAAAUAACAUGAAAUAUGAAGUCUGUGAAAAGAUCUGAGGCAAUGUAUCUAGCCCUGUAGCUAAACGCUGGUCUGAUGUGCUGCCUUUAGCUAUAUAAUUUACAUUAAUGCAUGUGAUCUGAACAAUAGGUUCUGCUACAGUAGUUGUUCAAGUACUCGCUUCGGUCCGCUGAAAUACUUUGCCUGGUCCGCAUCCAUACGCCGAUCUGCAAGUUUUGAAUGCUUCACUGCUUUCUCUUAUAGAAAAGUCACACAAACUUCUCGUGAAUUUGUACACAUUGUUCGUAGACAUAAACAAAAUUUCUAGUAUGUGGACUUUUCACGUGUAGAUCAUAUGGUUUUAAUUUUCCACAUAUCAUUUUCACAGAUGAUUCAUUUUAUUUGUCCCAUGUAGGUCAUGUGGUUUUAUUUUUCUCAUCCGAUGACACAUUGCUCUCCUAAUCUCAUGUGAAAUGUAUGUAAUUGUUUUGCAGAGCGACUUACAAAGAAAAAAAAAGUGAAACUUACCCCAACUAAUUUAUGAAUUCUUGCAGACAUGGUUAGGAAAUGUCUAUCACAGAGUCAACAUUUUCAGAUAUAAUAAUCCUAAUGCUAACACUGAAAACAGGGCUGCUACAACGGCAUUUAAUAUCUUUAAUAACGUUGAUGCCGACCAAGCAGUGUGUACAAGAUUAAAGGAUAAAUAGUCUUAGUUAUAGCUUGGUCAUUAUGAUCAUUUUCAGUGUGUGUACUGUAUGUAUCAUCAUUUACCCCAAUCAGUGUCUUGCCUUUGAAGUCAGGCUGCUGAAAAUGAGCAACAAAACAACAACGAUUAUCAAGAUUACCUUCAUCCGUGGCACAUUUAGGCCGCACUUUUAUCUGCAGUACAGAUGGAAGAGGCAAAUCAGAACAGGUCUCUAAAUAAAGUGGGCCAGGGGAUGGAGAUUUGUCCGAAGGAUAGUGAUGCUAUAUUUAAUGGCUUCUCUUGCAGAGAGAGGGAACCUGACAGGUCAGAGAAACCUGCAGGCUAAUAAUCGAGCAUUACAGUGCGGUCUGUACGUGCACCUAGCUUUCAGCUGUUUUAAGCGUGCUAAAAAUAAAACCUUGUGGAAAGAAGGACACAUACACUGUCUCAUUAUGUCCUCCUCAUCAACGCUGAUGCCUCUGUGCUGUGAUGUGAAGCGUAGCUUCUAGACAGGCGGUGUUUGACGCCGGGUCAGGAACGAGGUUCAAAGCGAAUAUCUGUCACUGGUGACAGGGCGAAGUAAACAGAACAGUAAUGACAGCACCGGUGGCGUGCAGCAGUGAGACACACUUGUGUUCAAACGCUGUGAUGUAGACAUAGAGUGUAGUAUUAGGAGUGUGUGGUGUUAUUAUUCCUUUCUAGAAGUUCCAGAUUAGAGCUCAGCGCAGUAAAUGAGGGAGUCUUAAACGAGUAUUCGCUGAACAUCCUCCCCUUUUCAUUUAUGUCUCUCUGUAGUUUUAUCCCCUCUCUCUUUAUUCCUGGCUGUCAUUCGCUUCCUUACUCCCUCUCUCUCAGGGUGAACAGGUGCUAGUGGACAGGCGGGGAGACAGAGAGAGAGUAAUUGAGGCUGAGUCUGACCUUGACGAGGAAGGUCGAGCCAGCAGCAGGCGAAUGCACCGUCAGCGCUUUGCAUAUUCUAAAUCGGACGACACAAUAUCCGUAAUAGUGCGAAACCCGCAGGGAAUCAGAGAUGAGCUUCUCUGCCCAUCCCCUCGCCUCCUACCCUCUCUUCCUCCAUUCUCUCAAUCCAUCCAUCCGCCCACGCAUCCAUGACCUCUCCCUUAACAAUUGUCUUUCAUUGUCCUCAAAUCAGUGUGGUUCAAGUCUGCGAGUGCAGCAACGGAGACAGCAUGUAGACAAUUUUCCUGCUCCCAGCUUCUCAGUCCAGUUCAUUACCCACCAAUGCAUCAUGUCUGUGAAUGAGUCAUUAUUUUUCAUCUUUCGCUCAUUUUUCUCUUUUUUUUUCUUGCAUACAAGCUUUCAAACCUAAAGCCUAAGAUUAAAAGCAAUGAUAAAACCCACUGAAUAAUGAAUCGUUUUAUUAUGCAAAGCCCUUAGUAACACGAAUAACCGCCUUUACAAGGACAUUUGAAGAUUUAUGACUAGCUUUACCUCUCUAUUUUACUUUGCAAUCAAAUGAUAAACCAUUUUUAAUGUAUGUCAAGCAAUGUCAGUAUUAAGAUGGGGAAUCCGGGCGACAUGUUGUCCAAAGGUCACAGUUAGCUAUUAAGGACUAUCACCAGAGGACUACCAACAGAAUUUCAUGGGAAAACAUUGUUCCUCUCUGAUGAACUUGUAAAUAUGUUUGUAAAUAUGUCACAGCAAUAAUACGACACUGCAUGUGAAAAAAAUCUGAUCCUUUUGCUUUUCCUCUUUUCUUAAUUUUUUUUUUUUGCAUUGUAUAAACUGGUACCAGUAAAAGCCUGGACAGAAAACACAAAAUCAGGGACACGCCUUCUUUAGCUAAUUAUCUGCUGUCGGCUGCGUUGACCAGUUGUUGUCAACAUGGGAUCAUUCUCUGUAUUAGGAGAUCUGUUGAUGUUCUCUCUCUUUCUGUUUUUUUUUUCCUUCUGUCUUUUGUCUAAGUGCCCAGCUUGGCUGCGCAGUAAUGAAAAGUGCCAAAAAAUAAAAGUAUAAUUUCCAUAACAAAAGCCUUCGACUUAUGGCGGCCUUCUCACAAGCCUCCAUAUGGUCCUCAAGCGACAGAAUUUAGAUUUUCACUCUUCUUUCUUACUCUCCCCACACUCUCUUACUCUCUUCUUUUUUCAAAACAUGGGGAAAAAUGUUAAGCCAUGACUGAGAAUGAGUGGUUUUGAUUUUUUUCUUAUUUUUCUUUGUACCACUGUUACUAGAAGUGGGGAUAAUACUGGUGAUGAUGAUGAUAAUGACAAUAAUAAAACCAAUAGCACAAACGA